AUGAAUAUCGUGAAAAUCCUUUUAACAGCAAAUUUCUUAACAAAUGUAAGACUUAAGAAUUUGCUACCUGUGUCUAAAAAAUUAUUUUUCUUUGAAAAUAAUUUUUUCCAAAAACGUAUAUAUAACACGAUAAAUAGUGAGCGAAAUUAUUAUCAUGUGAAAAAAGAAGAUUUAUGCUCGAAUGUGAUAAUAAUACCAUUGUACAAAGAUAACUAUGCUUAUAUAUUUUAUGAUAAUAAAAAUGAAGGUAUAGCAGUAGAUCCGAAUGAUUAUAAAAUAAUUAACGAAAUAGCAGAAAAGGAAAAUAUCACUAUAAAAAAUGUACUAUGUACACAUAAACAUUCUGAUCAUAACAGUGGUAACCAUUUUUUUUACAAUAAAAAAAUAAAUGUGUAUGGUAUUAAAGAGAGCGAUAACAAGUAUAUAAAUAAAAAUAUACAAAAUAAGCAAAAUGUACAAAACAUGCAAAAUGUUCAUCAUUUCGAAAUAAAAAAUUUUAAAAUAACAACAUUUCUAUCAAAUUUUCAUUGUAUUAAUCAUGUUGCAUAUUUAGUUGAACAUUCUAAAAAUAAAUUAAAGAAGCUUUUUUUUACGGGGGACUUCUUAUUCAUAUGUGGAAUUGGCAAAAAUUUUCAAGCGGAUAGUAAAGAUUUAUAUAAUUCAAUAAAUAAUUUAAAAAAAUUAGAUAAAGGGAAUAUCUAUAUUUUCUGUGGACAUGAAUAUACUUUAGAUAAUGUAAAGUUCGCCUUAACUGUAGAUCCAACUAAUCAUAAAUUAACAGAAUUUUAUCAACGACUUUUAAAAAAUGAAAACAACUUGCCUACUGUUCCCUCUUUAUUAGAAGAAGAGUACUCAUACAACCCUUUUUUAAGAUGCGAUCAAGAUGAAAAUAUAAAAAAUGCAAUUCACACGUAUGCUAAAAGAAACAAUUACGUAAUUGAAAGAAACAGCGACUAUAUCACUCUUUUACGUAUAAUGAAGGAUAAUUUUAAAAUACAGUAG